GCACGAUGCGACCUAGGCCUGUGCUAAAAAGGAGUGUCCCGACUGUAGCCGUGCAGACUCGGAUGCGGCGACGAAACGAGCAGCUUCAGAAGGAAAGAGAGUCUGAAAAGGCAGUCGAAGAAGAGCCUAUCCCCGUUAGUGAGAACGAUGAGGAUAACGAGGAUGAGAAGUUGCGAGUCGAAGAGGAAGAACGGGCUCGUCGUCGUGCACUGGAAAGGGAGUCGGAGAAAGGGAAGGCCGAAGCAAGCAAGAAAGAGCCACGAAAUAAGAAAAAUAUUUACUCGAUCCCCGUGGAGCAGGGGGUCGAUAUCGAGCGACUCGUCGAUAAGAUUCUGGAAAGUCAGCGCGACUUGGUCACGCUGAAGGAAAUUUUGGCGGUAUCGCCAGAGAUUCGAGAGGAGUUUAAACAGCGAAUGACUCGUAAGAGAGUCAUGACUGUUAAACUCGGCGAAGUCAUUCCGCCGGAGGCUAACUGGUCCCCGCCUGGGACGAAGAUGGAUUGGCGAAGUGUGUCGACCGGCCAUAUGAAGGUCCAGAUUGGACAACAAGAGUACUCAACACUCGUGGAUGAUGGGGCCGAGAUGAACAUCAUUCGCGAGCGUCAUGCCAUCGAAGCUAGGUUGAAGAUCAAUCGAGAUGACUAUGGGUUUCUGGUGGGAGCUAGCGGAUCGACCCCAUUCUGCGGGACAGCCAAUGGCGUUCUCAUCACGGUUGGGAAGGUCAAAGUCCGCUCUUAUUUCUACGUGUUACCUAGAGUGAAACACGAGGUGCUUCUGGGAAGGGUGUUCCUAUGUCGGUCAGAAAGCAUCAUCAUUAACAAGCAUGAUGGAACCAUGUUUGUAAUCCUUUGCGAUCCUGUUUGCGGUUAUUACAAAGUGGUCAAGUGUGCGAACACUGGACCCUAUUGCUCGUGGAACCGGUUGAACCCGGAAUCCUAUAGCUUCCCGGAGUCAGAAACGUUGAGGAAGGAGAAAGAAUCGUUAGGGGAGGAGCCGAAUCCUCAUGAGUUCUCGCUGACCCUGCCUGAUAUUGGGCAGGCAAUCGAUUUUGUAUCGACACAUGAGGCGGUUGAUCCAAAUGUGGUGCAAGCCUUGACGGAGAUCAUCACGGACACCGGAAGCGCAGGGACUAUGCGCCUUGCUGAUGACGCUUUCCAGACCGUUGGAAGGAUGUCAUAUAUCAUGAACUUGUUGGUUCAUGAGGUUCGCCUGAGGUUAAUGAAUGCGGAGGAAGGAAGCAGCGAGGUCAAGGAGACAUUCAAGGAAAAGGAGUAUGAAAGAGAGUAUAAGAAAAUAGGCAUGUGGUUGAAUGGGGAAUUGGACGAAAGCGAGGUUGAUCCGGUUGUGCGGGAAAAGAGCAAAGGAUUUGUUGUUCGUGAUGGUCAUCUCUUUAAGAAAGUUGCUGAUGGUGUCCCAAAAAGGGUAGUAUGCGGAACUUCUCGACAGUUGGAUGUGAUCGCUGCUUUGCAUGAUGGGGUAGCCGGCGGGCAUAAGUCUGCGCGGGUAACCCUGAACAAGAUCAACGUCUCUAUUUCUGGGAAGGGAUGAGCAAGAUGGUGAUUGACUUUUGUAAAUCUUGUUUCCCUUGUCAACAGAGGUCUAAUAUCCGCUACCUUGAGCCCCUAAAUCCACGUUAUGUGGCAGAACCAGGUGUGGUGGUGCAUUUGGAUCUUUUGGUGAUGCCACCUGGGAUAAAUGAGUACAGGUAUA